AUGUGUAUUUCAGACGCAGUCGGUCGUCGUGCACUCCGGGGGCGGGUGAGACGCGCUAUGGGCGCCCUAGGCGCGGCCGGCGGCGUGCGGCGCUCCCACGCGGCAGCGCUCGCCGCCCUCGGCGCGCUGCUGCUGCUGCUGCUGGCGCGCUCGGCACCCGCGCCCGCCCCGCGCCCCCGCCCUCGACCCGCACCGCCUCCCCCCGCACCUCCCGCCGUACCCCCUGCACCCCCGUCCGCACCGCUCGUGGCGGACGCGUCCACGGCGCGCCUAAUCAACGCCACAGUGCGCGUCGGCAACGCCACGUUGCCGCCCUCUCCGCCAUCUCCGCCCGCCCGCCCUGCACCACCGCCCGCCGCCCCCGCCGGGCCCCGGCCGGUCCUAACGCGCGAGCUGUACGUGGCGGGGCACGAGCGGCCGCACGCCGAGCUGUGCCCAGCGCUGGGCGCGCGCCUGCGCCUGCUGGUGCUCGUGACGUCGGCGCCGGCGCACGCGGCCGCGCGCGACGCCGUGCGCCUCACCUGGGGACACUACGCCGCGCGCCGCGACGUCGCGCUCGCCUUCGUGCUGGGCACGCCGCCGCCCGCCCUGCGCGCCAGCCUGGACGCCGAGGACGCACUGUUCGGGGACCUCAUCGUGGGCCGCUUCGUCGACUCGUACUCCAACCUCACACUUAAAACGCUCUCCAUGUUGGAGUGGACGGACACGUACUGCCCGCGGGUGCCGCGCUUGCUGAAGACCGACGACGAUAUGUUCAUCAACGUGCCGCGGCUGCUGCGCUUUAUGACGGCGCGCGAAAACGCCACGCGUACCAUCUGGGGCAAGGUGGUGCGCAAGUCGCUACCCAAGCGCACCACCAAGUCGAAGUAUUACGUGUCGCCGCUGCAGUUCCCGGGUAAGGUGUUCCCGGACUUCGCGACGGGCCCGGCGUACCUGGUGACGGCGGACGCGGUGCGGCCGCUGCUGGAAGCGGCGGCGCCAGAGCCCUACCUGCGCCUGGAGGAUGUGUUCGUGACGGGCGUGCUGGCCGCCAAGCUGCGCCUGCGCCGCCAGCACGCGCCUGAGUUCUACAACAAGAAGGUGGCGGCGCACCCCUGCGCCGUGCAGCGCGGCAUCGCCAUACACAUGGUGCAGUACCACGAGCAGUUCGACCUCUGGCGCAAGCUGCUCGACGGCAAGACCAAGUGCGCCAGC